ACUCUCACACACACUCGGUCAGACAGACAGUCAGGCUCCCAGAGAGAGAAGGACACACUCCAAUGGGCUCCAGUGAGCCUGGGCUGGCCAGCUCCUCCAGUCCAUCAACCCCCAAACCCAGAGCUCCAUGAGGAGGUUCUUUAACAUGGUGCUCCGCAGCCUGGUCAGCGCCUCCAAAGGCAGGCCGUGGCUGCAGAAGAGAGUGCGGGCGCAGAGGAAGGAUGACCAAAAGGCAACUAAGACGAUUCUGACCGUAUUCCUGAGUGAUAAUCAACAGUUGCUGACCGAGGUGCCCAUUACUCCGGAGACGCUCUGUAAGGAUGUGGUGGAGUUCUGUAAGGAGGCUGGAGAGAGCGGCUGCCACCUCGCUGAAGUCUGGAGAGGAAAAGAAAGAGCCAUCCCGUUUGAUCAGAUGAUGUUUGAGCAUCUGCAGAAAUGGGGUCAGAGGAGAGCGGAAGUCAAGUUUUACCUGCGGCAUGAGGAGUGUCCCAUCGCAAACAAUUCUCAAGGAAGUCAGACUUCAGAUCAGGCCGACAGGAAGUGCAGAGACAAUUCGGACAAGCCCUCCGAAAAUGGGGUGGGGAAUCCACGUGUGGAGCUAACGCUGUCAGAGCUGCAGGAGAUGGCAAUGCGACAGCAGCAGCAGAUCGAAACUCAGCAGCAGAUGCUAAUAGCGAAGGAGCAACGAUUGCGGUAUCUGAAGCAGCAGGACCCACGUCAGGGCCAGUCUGUGUCUGAGAGUGACAAGCUCCAGAGGUUGAGGGAAAGAGUGGAAAAUCAAGAAGCCAAACUCAAAAAGGUCCGUGCCAUGAGGGGUCAAGUGGACUACAGCAAACUCAUCAAUGGCAACCUGUCUGCAGAAAUCGAGCAUGUGAGCAGCCUGUUCCAGGAAAAGCAGGCAGAGCUGCAGUCGGCCAUGCUGAAGGUGGACCAGCUCACACAGCAGUUAGACGAUCUGCGGCAGGGACGUCUCAAUGGACUGCAGCCUCUAGGGGGACCAGUGACCAGUAAUGCUGCACUGGAGCUCCGCAAACUCUACCAGGAACUGCAGAUCCGGAACAAGCUAAAUCAGGACCAGAACAGCAAGUUGCAGCAACACAAGGAUAUGCUUAACAAGCGCAAUAUGGAAGUGACCAUGAUGGACAAGCGUAUAGGGGACCUCAGAGAGCGUCUCUACAAGAAAAAAGCAGAGCUCGGCCGAAUGAAUGGUCCUCCCUCUCCUCAGCCCACCCCUGGCAGUUCGGGGCGGGUGGCAGCGGUCUGUCCCUACAUCCAGGUCCCAGUGCCUGGAAGAAAGGAAGGUUACACUUUACCUCCAGAACCCUUGAAGCCACACUCUUUCUCCACAGUCAACCAUGCUCGUUCCAAAUCAGAGGAAGACAGGGUGAGGAUGCCUGCAGGCCCAUGGAAGGUCUCAGACUUAGACAUCAGAGUGGACCCUCUGGUGACAUCCUCAGAGCCUAGCAAUGGGCCAGACUCCGACUGUUCUUCUACAAAUGAUGCAAUCUGGCCCUCCUUCAGCAGUAAUAGGGUUCCUCUAAAACCUCCAGAUUGGAAAGACGCAAACCUAGAUCAUACCAGCAAGAUGGGUACCUCAGACAAGGAAGCCCCUAAGCUGUUAGGGACAGUAACAGCAUUGUCUAAGCAGCCUCCACCCAUCUAUGGAACCUAUCCCAGUGCAGGCCAUCACUCCACAGUCUGUGCAACCAGCUCUUUGCCCCGUUCUGCUCCUGGCACCCUAGGUUGGCAGAGAGCACCCCCCACCUCUGGUUCCACUUCACAACAAAUCCAACAGCGGAUAACUGUGCCUCCCAGUCCUAUGCCUGGGUCGGCCCUUUUUCCUCACGGUGAAAGAACAGAGCCCCCUCUUGCUGUUGCAGUGCGUCCCUUUAUUCCAGACAGAGGUUCCAGGCCCCAAUCUCCAAGGAAGGGCCCUGCCACUAUGAACUCCAGCUCAAUCUACAAUAUGUAUCUGCAGCAGCCUACAGCCAAAAACUACCCCAGUAGCAGCAGAACUGCUGUUAAAGCAGUAUAUGGAAAACCAGUCCUACCAGGCUCCACUUCUCCCUCUCCAGUUCCACUCUACCAGCAGUCAUCCACAGAUGAGACAGACAGAGAGGCAGCCCAAGAGAACCAUCCCUUACCUCCAUCUAGUGUAGAGAACUUCCCUCGCCCUCUCAGCCCUACCAAACUGACCCCUGUUGCCCACUCCCCUCUCCGUUACCAAAGUGACAUUGAUCUGGAGGUGCUUAGAAGAAAGUUAUCCAAUGCUCCCCGACCACUAAAGAAGAGAAGCUCCAUCACAGAACCAGAAGGCCCCAGUGGGCCUAACAUCCAGAAGCUUCUGUACCAGCGAUUCAACACCCUCGCAGGGGGCAUUGAGAGUGGAGUGGGUGGUACACCCUUUUACCAGCCUGACAGUCCUCUGAACUACAUGGCCACUACCUUGGACGUUGUAGACACUGCCAAUGGGAACCUGAUGGAGUCAAGCAUGUUAGUUGAGCCUUCAGCCGAGCUGGCAAUGGUUCCUCCUCCAACUUCUUCUGUGUCUCCUACAGCUGACGAUAAUGAGAACAAGUUGACACAGCUUUCUAGUGACUCAGGAGGUGCCCAGUCUGCUGAUGCCUUAGAACAUUCUCCUAAAGACACCCAUGAGGACAAUCAUAACAACAACCACACAAAUGUCACGGACACACAACCUAGUUCAGUACCAGAACCUCAUUCCCCUGCAGAGCAGGACAUCAGAGCACAGUCGGGAAUGUCUCCUAGUUUAUCUUCCGUCAAGCGUACCAACUUGAAGAAGCCUGGUUCUGAGAGGACAGGUCAUGGCUUGAGGGUCAAAUUCAAUCCUCUUGCACUACUAUUGGAUGCAUCUUUGGAGGGCGAGUUUGAUUUGGUGCAAAGGAUUAUCUAUGAGGUGGAAAAUCCUAGCACACCAAACGAUGAGGGUAUCACCCCUCUCCAUAAUUCAGUAUGUGCAGGUCAUCACCAUAUUGUAAAGUUCCUGCUGGAUUUUGGGGUCAACGUCAAUGCAGCAGAUAGCGAUGGAUGGACGCCCCUACAUUGUGCAGCUUCAUGCAACAAUGUUCAUCUUUGUAAAUUACUGGUGGAAUCUGGAGCUGCCAUUUUUGCCACUACUAUCAGUGACGUGGAGACGGCGGCAGACAAGUGUGAAGAGAUGGAGGAGGGUUAUGUCCAGUGCUCUCAGUUUCUUUACGGGGUGCAGGAGAAACUGGGGGUAAUGAAUAAAGGGACUGUUUAUGCCCUGUGGGACUAUGAAGCUCAAAGUGCAGAUGAGCUGUCUUUUCGUGAAGGUGAUGCUCUCACUAUUAUGAGCCGUAGGGAUGACAACGAGACAGAGUGGUGGUGGGCCAGAGUAAAUGACAAAGAGGGCUAUGCACCACGCAACUUGUUAGGGCUGUACCCAAGAAUCAAACCCAGGCAACGUUCUUUGGCAUAGAUGGCCUGAAGAGACAGUGCAAGCUCCUGUAACAGCACUUGGCAUGAAGCUGUGGGAUGCUGCCCUGUCUUGUCUUUGCCGUCACCACAACACAGAGCCCACAGGGGUGGCAAGAUGAUGGAGCACGUCUGGUGUCGGACGAGAUGGAUUUACCCAUGAGUGGGGAAUUCAGUGGUCUUCUGUUUGCAUCCCAGAUUUAUUCGUCACUUUGAUGUGUUGUUUUUGCAGUGUCCCUCUCACCCAUAUCUCUGUUGAGGAACAUGUUAGCUAUUCUGUCCUCUUCCAAAGCACAGACCUCCUGAGUAUGUGUGCGUUUUUGAGUGUUUCAGAGUGGGAUGUGUUCUGAGUGGGAAGUGCAUGUGACGUGAUGAUAAGAGUUGGUGACAGAGUAUGCAGUCUUGGAUUCCAAUGUUUCGUGCUCUGUGGUUAUUAUCAGGCAAAGAGGAAACCAAUGGAACUGAAGCUUCAUUUCCCACAGUUAGGAAGUCGCUGAUUCGGUGAAAAGGAAGGAAGGUGCUGGAAAGUGUUUACAAGAGGCCUUGAGGCUGGUCAAGCUACUGAUGGAUGAUAAGGAAGUGGCCUGGUAUGGAAACAUGUAUGUUUGUGUGUGGAUUAUAUGGGCUUGAGGAGGUGAAAUUGUGUAGUCAUCUGUGAGUUGGAUGCUGGAAGAAAACUGAUGACAUGACUAAUACAGUGGCUGUUUUUCCAUCAACAGGGGAUACUGUCAACAUAUCAAACAAAACCUAUAGCAUAUUCCUAUGCUUAAUUUAAGUCAGGCUUGAUAUUUUUUUAUGCUACAUGAUUCCCUUUUAGGGGUUGUUUAUUUAAUGGAAGUAAAAAGAAAUUCUUUAAACAGCUUGAUAUAAGCUUUUAUGGCUGCCAAAAGAGGCAGGAUCUGCCUAGUGUUUGUGCUGCCAUACAAGAGCCGUUUAUGUAAUGUCAUGUAUAUGUGCACAUUAAAAUUUCCACAUUGGGACAAAGUCA